AUGAGCGAGCGCUGGGACGUGGGCCGGACCCUGGCUCUGGCCGCGCUGUUCCGGCUGCUGCAGGGCGCGGGCCGGGGCUGCGCCGCGCCCUUCCUGCCGCUCUACCUGCGGCUGCUCGGGCUGCCCGCGCCGCUCGUGGGGGCCGCGGCCGGGGCCCGGCAGCUGGCGGCGCUCGCCGUGCCCCUGUGCUGCCCGCGGGGCCGCGCCGGGCGGCUGCUGCUGGCGGGCUCGGUGCUGGGCUCGGCCGGGGCCAGCCUGGCUCUCACCCUCAUCCCGCCCGCGGGGGGCACGGGGCACACGGGCUGCGACAGCAGCCUGCGGCUCGGCCUGCCCGGCUCCCUGCCCUCCCCGCUGCCCUCUGUGCUCCCUUCCACUCUGCUCGUUCCGGUGCCCACCGCAAUGCCCGACCCGAGGACCGUCCCGGUGCCCAGCCCCGGCUGGAGCAGUUACGGAGCAUUAAACUCGAGCGCUCUGACGCACACGACAGCCGUGCCAAGGGGAACGGGGACAACAGCAGCUGACGUGCUGGCAGCGAGCAGGAAGCCCGCUGUGGGCAGUUCAACCUCCCAGGGGUUCUUGGGCACGACAGGUGCGCGUCAGGAACGCGGCAGAGGGGUUGGGGAAGGUGAUCCAAAGGGAAAAGGCUUCUUGGAUGCUCCUUCUGGCUGGACAGCGAAAGGCAUCGAUCAGCAGACACCCGAACCAGAAAGGCCGGCAUCCUACGGACCUCCCUUCCCUGGGCUCCAGGGGGAAACUCCGGGCUCUGCUGCAACCGAUCUAAGUGAUAAUGCUGAGGAAAGCCUAAAUGUUACUGGGAGUAAUGAGCCAGCUUUGCUUAAAACAGCUCUUCCCGCUCUUGGAGAUGCCCACGUAUCCGAAAACCUUCCAGAAUCUCGAGAUGUCAACUUCGAGGCAGUGCAGAGCAUCUCCCAGAACGGAGAGUACCAGGUUUUUCUCAUGGUGCUGGGCGCCGUGGUGCUUUGGGAGCUGCUGGCCGUUUCUCUGGAAUGGAGCAUGGAUGAGAGUGUCUACGAGUACCUGGACUUUGUGGACUCCACGGACAGGUACGGGCGGCUGUGGCUGUGGGGCUCAGCAGGCGCUGCCGCCGGAGCGUGCGGCGUGUCCGUGCUGGUGGAUCAGCUGGAUUGCUCCCUCGGCGGCUCCAUCCCCCGCCUCGCCGUGCACUUCUACGGCUACGCUGUCCUGGUAAUGCUCUCCCUGAUGGUCAGCGUCUUCUUUCCCGGCCACAUUCCCAGGAAAAGCGCCCGUGCUCCCGGGCUGACCAAAGCGCUGUCCCUGCUGCGGGGGGACAGCCGGGCCCUGCUGUUCGCGGGCACCGUGUUCCUCGUGGGUGCUGCCAGCUCUGCCGGGCACAACUUCCUCCUGUGGCAGCUGCAGGACCAGGGCAGCAGCGAGCUCCUUAUGGGGCUCUGGGUGGCUGGGGGCCCGCUGGCAGAGCUGGCCCUUCACCCGCUCCGGGGGCAGCUGCUGCGGGCGCUGCCGGGCUGCAGGCUGGAGCUGCUGAGCCUGGCCGUGCUGGCAGCGCAGCUCCUGAGCUAUUCCCUGCUCCGCGCUCCGUGGGCAGCGCUCCCCGUGCAGGCGCUGUCCGGCCUCAGCAGCGGGGCGCUGCGGUGGCGGCUGCAGGGGACAGUGGGGGACAUCGCUACGCCGGGCACGGAGCGCGCCCUGCACGCCCUUCUCCGGUCGCUCUGCGCGGCAGGAGCCGGCCUGGGCGGCUUUUCGGGGGGGUUUGUGGUGCAGCGCUUCGGUCUGGCAGUGCUGUUCCAGGCCAGCUGCGUGGGGCUCGGGCUCUGGAUGCUCUUCGUCGUAAUUGUCCAAUCCAGAUUGCCCCGGCAGAGGAAAAUUAAUUAUUCCCGGCUCCUGGCUGCUGAUUCCAGUGAAAUGAGUGACUCUGAGGAGGAGAACGAGAAGGACUGGCUGGUAAAGGCUAUGAAGGAUGAGGGCUUUAACAGGAAUUGGAUACAGCAGCAUGGGAUCCAGUAAUCUGCACCUAACUCUGUGUGGUGGAAAGGGAACCUGGUAUAAUGAUAAUAUCCAGAAAUCACUGGCAGUUCUAAAGUGCUAAAUAUAUACAGGCUAUAACUGACAGGAGAGAUUUUUAUUUAAAAAAACCAAAACAAACAAACUUAUAAAUCUUAUUUUCUUACUUUAUAGCAUUCUACCUUUUUUGUAAUAUUUCCUUUUUUAACUUGAUGAUUUUGCUUCCAAAAUCCUAAAAGGAUAUCUCGGGUGUACAUUGGUUAAGUUAAUGUAGCUGAGUUUUUAGUAAAAAACCAAAUUUGCAUUGUUGCUGCCCGAGCUGCUGCUGAGGCUGUGGGUGACAGUUGUGAUCCGGGCUGUGACACAACCAAAUGGAAAUUAUUGACAUGCUGACAGCACACAGAACUCUUCCAAGGCGGCUGUGAACUCUUUGCACUUUAUAAGGGAUGCGAAUAAAAAAUUAGCUCAUUUGUAAAAGA